AUGAACUCGCUAGGGAUCGAGUAUGGGUCGUCUUCAUCGGAUGAGGAGGGUACACGAUCACUGGGGGUGACCCAUUCCAAGCCUUCUUCUACUCCAUCUCCUUCCCGUGCUGCACAAGCAUCUGUAGACUCAAGAUCCACGGUCUCUGAGAAAGCGGAUGAAGUCUGUUUAGUCCGGCCUAGCAACGAUACUGCUGAGCAAGAGGUCGGACUCACAGAUCGUGAAGCAGAUACCCCUCUUACUGAACAUGAUCUGGAGGCGAUGCUACUGCAAGUGGGUAUACCGCCGGCAGCGGAUUCUUUGGCUGCUGAUAACGUGACGCAGCAGCGCAUAGAGCGGUUCUUACGGAUGCAACGCGAACGCGGCCAGGACUUCCAGACGACGCUGCAGGACAAGAAGGAAGUGCGGAACCCGUACAUCCUUGAGAAGGUGAUCGAGUAUUUUGGCAUCGACGAGCUGCGGUCCAACUUUCCAAAGGACAAGUUCGAUCCUCACGGUCUUCCGCUGCAUGAGUAUGUGGACGUAUUAGCUGUCGAGCAGAAGAAACGCACCAAUGCCCGAGCGCAGCGUCAGCUACAGCAACAACGGGAUGACGCUGAUCAACGCCAGGGGCAAUUUGUAUCGGCUAUCGCACGAAAUCAAGACGAUCCAUGGGUGAAGGAAUGUGUCGUGAAUAAGCACUGCGCUACCAAGCCUCAAAUCCAAUUUCAUUUGGGCUUUUCCCUGAGCAUAAAUUCUUUCAUUGCGUGCUUACACGACGAGUUCAAAGUCCCGUCAGGUAAUACUUGGAGCAAGAAAAAGUAUCGAAGAAGUAUGCAUUACAUAGAGAUUGAUCGUGUCGAACAUGAGUAG